UAAACAUUUGAGGGGAUUUGAUUAUUUUUGUCAUUCCGCCUCUGCCUCUCUCACUGAGUCUCUCACUCUCAACCUCCUCUCCCCAAAUCCGCCGCCAACUUCUUCCAGAUUUCUCUAUCGCUCUCUCUCAGCAACUCUCGCUCUCUCUCGGUCGCUUGCGAUUCCAUCUAAUCUUUUGAAUUUGCUCUCAAGAAACAGCAACAAGAUCCCUUCCGCUUUCAUCUUAUGCUCGAUUUGGGCGACAUUACCCGAUUUGGCGUACUAAUUGGGUCCAUAAUCGACCUGACCCGACCCGUGAACAGCCCUAGGUCAUCUUUUCUAAUAAAAAUAGCAUAAUUCUCCCAUUCUGCAAUCUCAGCUUCUAGGCUUUCAUCUUAUGCUCGAUUUCCCCUGUUCAGUUCUUUCUCAGCCAAAUAGACAUCUCUAGACUAGUUCUGUCCAACUCUCAAACAGUUACAGCUUUCCUCUUCUUCUCUGUCACUGUAACAAGAUCGAACAAAAUCAAAUGGAAUGGUAUCGGCGUGAGGAGAAAGAGUGCUUGUCAGCGAUAGAGCGGAUUCUACUGGAGUAUGAUGAGAUUGAAUCCAAUCCCUGCAACAAUUUCACGUGCAUCAAGCUCGAUUGGAACCCAUAUGAAUGGGAAUUUGCAGUCAGAGGCGCUGUUGGAACUGAAUUCGAGGGUGGGAUUUAUCAUGGGCGGGUCCUGUUUCCGGGGGCAUACCCAUUUAAGCCUCCUUCAAUCAUACCGUCGACGGAAAAUGGUCGCUUCAAAACCCAUAUCAAGUUCUGGUAUAAGCGACUGAAUUUAUGGCAGCCAUCAUGGAGGGUGCGAGAUGUUUUGGUUGAUUUUAUUCGUUUAAUGCCCACCUUCCCAGAUGAUGAAUUGUGUUCAUUAGAAUGCAAUAAGGAAGAAAGGCGUGCCCUGGCCAUAAAAUCUCUUGCAUCACCCCCAAGAUAUGGCUCUUUUGCACGUCGGCAGCUAGUUGAUCAGAUUCAUCAAUCUAUGCUAAGCAAGGCACCCAACGGCACAGGCGGCGUCUCCGUCGUCCACAACGUUGUUGGGAAUAUAUUUCAUGAACAAAACACUCCGUGUCAGGAAGGGGUGGUUGUGGAUCGAGUCGUAUCAACGCAGAUGGAAUGGGAUCGGGGUGUGAUAGCGGAGGACAAGUGCAACAUAAACAACUCAAGGGAGAAGCAGAUUCUAGAGGAGUAUAAUGAAAUUGAAUCCAAUCCCUCCGACGAUCUCAAGUGCCUCAAGCUCGAUGGGAACCCAUAUGAAUGGCAAUUUGCAAUCAAAGGCCCUAGUGGAACUGAAUUCGAGGGUGGGAUUUAUCAUGGGCUGGUCCAGUUCUCGGAGGGAUACCCAU